GACUGGGGGCGGGUCCUUCCCCUUCCAAGGCUCCUCCGGCGAGUGGCAGCGGAUCGAGCGCUUCUCGGCCGAUUUUCUGCCUGCUGGGCCUGCGGCUCUGGUGGGCAUUGGCCGGCCGCCGGGCCCCUGGAUCCAUCUGGGGUGCAUUUCCUCGAAAGCGUGGGUCUCAAAGCCCCGGGGCGGGCGCGGCCGCGGCUGGCGCGUCUCCUAGAUACACCAAACCAGGGCAGGGAGCUGGGCUGCGGUGUUCAGGAGGUUUCCCAGGGCCUGACUCAUGGUCCUCCUCGAGGCCCCGGUGACCGUCACAUCAGCGGGAAUGAAUGACUGGCACAGGAUCUUUGACCAGAACCUGCUGGUCCCUCCCCACACACAGAGAGCCCGCCAGCCUCUCAAGGAGUCGACGGCAUUUCAGUGUGUCCUGAAGGGGCUCGAUGGUCCGCUAAUUAAGCAGGGCGUGCUGGAGGGCCUGUCGGGCGUGGGGUGCCAUCUGCGCGUGUCUCUCUUUGACGUCACCUACCGACACUUCUUCGGGAGGACGUGGAAGAGUGUGACGAGGCCGGCCGAGCAGCUCUCCAGGCAGCCGCCCAGGAUUGUCUUCAACGAGCCCUUGUAUUUUCACACAUCCUUAAACCACCCUAACAUUGUGGCCGUGCUCGAGGUGGUCACCGAAGGCAGGACGCAGGACGGGACCCUCCAGACGUUGUCCUGUGGGUUUGGAAUUCUUCGGAUCUUCAGCAACAAGCCGGAAUCUCCCACCGCUGCCUCCCAGGACAAACGGCUGAGACUGUAUCACGGCAGCCCCCGCGCCCUCCUGCACCCGCUUCUCCAGGACCCCGUAGAAAAAAACAAGCACAUGGCCCUCAUUGAGAGCUGCAGCCUGCAGUACACGCUGAGGCCCCAUCCCCUUCUGGAGCCCGUGUUCCACCUUCUUCCCGAGAACCUCCUGGUGUCUGGUCUGCAGCAGGUGCCCGGCCUCCUUCCAGCUCAUGGAGAAGCAGGGGACGCCCUCCGAAAGCCCCGCCUGCAGAAGUCUCUCCCGUGCCACCUGGACGACUUGUUCUUCACGCUGUAUCCCUCCCUUGAGAAGUUCGAGGAGGAGCUUCUGGAACUCCUGGUCAGCGAUCACAUCCGGGAGGCAGGCAGCCCGCUGGACGGCAGUGCCCUGGAGAUCCUGGAGCGGCGCCUGUGUGUGGGUGUGCACAACGGGCUGGGCUUCGUGCAGAGGCCCCAGGUCGUGGUGCUGGUGCCCGAGAUGGACGUGGCCUUGACACGCUCUGCCAGCUUCAGCCGGAAAGUUGGCUCCUCUUCGAAGGCCAGCUCUGGAAACCAGGCUCUGGUUUUGAGAAGCCGCCUCCGACUCCCUGAGAUGGUCCGCCACCCUGCGUUUGCCGUCGUCUUUCAGCUGGAGUACGCGUUCAACAGCCCUCCCGGAGCCGACGGCCACGCAGCGUCGGUUACCGCCUUGUCCACCUUGGCCUGCAUGCACACGGUUCGCUGGGCCGUCUGGAACCCCUCGCUGGAGGCCAGCUCUGGGCGCGUGAUGUUACCUCUACAGGGUGGGAUCCGGCCCAACCCUGCGCACCGCCUGGCCUAUAAGGUGCCCCCAGCCAGCAUGAGCUCUGAAGAGGUGAAGCAGGUGGCGUCGGGGACGGUCCAGUUCCAGUACUCGCUGAGCCCUGAAGGACACCCAGACACACCCACAGGCCACGCCAGUGGCCCCAAGGCCGAGCGGCAGCUCUCCAGGAAGCCACCCACGUCCCCUUCAAGCCCGCCAGCACUGCCGCCCCAGGGGCUCACCACUCCCCAGGACUCACCUGUGGGACCCGGGUUGUCACUUUCCCAGCUGGCGGCCUCCCCACGGUCCCCGGCCCAGCGUGGCUCGGCUGAACCCCGCUCCCAGCACCGCAGGAGCCCCGCGCUCUCCCAGGCCCCAGGGGAGUUCCCCUUGGAGGGCAGGAUCUCUCACCUGGAAGCCGACCUGAGCCACACGGCCUCGGGCCUGGGAACGUCCACUGCUGAGCCGUUGCAGGAGCUGCCUUUCACGCCGGUACAUGCCCCGAUCGUCGUGGGAACCCAGACCAGGAGCUCUGGAGGGAAGCUCUCAAGAGCCGCCCUGGCGCUGCUGCAGUCUGCUGGCUUCCCUGAGAUUCUGGACGCCAACAAGCAACCAGCUGAGGCCGUGAACCCUGCAGAUCCCGUGAAGUUCAGCCCUCAGAAGGAAGAAUCAGACUGUCUGCAAAGCAAUGAGAUAGUGCUACAGUUUCUUGCCUUUAGCAGGGCAUCCCAGGAAGGCCAGGCGGCCCCAUGGCCGAAGACCGUGUACUUCACAUUCCAGUUCUACCGCUUCCCCCCUGAGACCACGCCGCGCCUGCAGCUGGUGGAGCUGGAGGGGAUGGGGGAGACCAGCUCGGCCCCCCUGUCCCACAUCCUCGUCCCGAUCCCCAAGGACGGUGCCUUCGAGGCGGGGUCUCCUGGCUUCCAGCGGACGUAUGUGGUGGACCCUGCCUUCCUGAGACCCGGGGAGCAGCGCUGGUUCACCCGCUACCUGGCCGCACAGACCCUGCAGGUCGACGUGUGGGACGGAGACUCCCUGCUCCUCGUGGGCUCCGCCGCCGUCCCCAUGAAGCACCUCCUCCGCCAAGGCCAGCCGGCCGUGCAGGUCUCGCAUGAGCUUGAGGUCGUGGCGACCGAGUACGAACAGGACGCCGUGGUGGCGAGCGGGGACAUGACGCGGUUUGGCAGCGUCAAGCCCAUUGACGUGCACGCAGUGGUGAAGGGCCGGCUGCACCUGACCUUAGCCAAUGUGGGUCACUUGUGUGAACAGAGAGUGAAGAGCCCCAGCCCGCUGCCCCCUUCCAGGUCCCGGGUCAUCUCCAACGACGGAGCCAGCAGUUUCACGGGAGGCAGCCUCCUCUCCCCUGGGGGCCCGAGGCCAGUGAAAAAUGUGGUCCAGGCACAGAAGCUGGCCGACGUGGACAGCGAGCUGGCCGCCCUGCUCUUCAGCCCGCGGCAGGGGACCUGGGGGCCCCAGGGUGCUGGCCGCGAGGGGGACGCCGUCCGCAGGCGCAAGCUGGAGCGCAUGAGGGCCGUGCGGCUGCAGGAGCGCGGAGCUGAGCCGGGCCGCCUCGGGCUGGGUGCGCUGGCCCAGCAGAGCGCCCGCGCCCAGCACGCCCGAGACCUGCAGGUCAUCGCCGCCUACCGGGAGCGCACGAAGGCCGAGAGCAUCGCCAGCGCGCUCAGCGCUGCCAUCACCACGCGCCACACCCUGCGCGUCACCCUGGGCGCCGCCGAGUUCUUUGAGUUCGCUCUUCGGAACCCCCACACCACGCAGCACACGGUGACCGUCGAGGUGGACAGCCCUGAGCUCAGCAUCAUCCUGGACAGUCAGGAGUGGAGGUACUUCAAGGACGCCGCCGCCCUGCACACACCCCUGGAGGAGGACAUGUUCCACCAGCGGGGCCGCCUGGCCCCCCAGCUCUUCCUGCGCCCCGGGGAGACCGCCCACGUCCCCUUCAAAUACCAGACCUUCUCCGCGGGGCCGCGCGCCUCCGCGCAGGCCUCCGCUGAGCUGAGAUCCGAGCAGGACACAGACGCCGAGUCGCCUUGCAAGGCCAGCACGCUGCCCACCAAACACGCCAAGGUGCUGUUCCGCACGGGCAGUGGCAAGCCCCUGGCCGUUCUCUGCCUGACGGUGGAGACGCAGCCGCACGUGGUGGACCAGGUCUUUCGCUUCUACCACCCGGAGCUCACCUUCCUGAAGAAGGCCAUCCGCCUGCCCCCCUGGCACACGCUUCCAGGUGCUCCUGUGGGGUUGUCCGACGAGGACCCCCCGGUCCAUGUCCGAUGUAGCGACCCGAAUGUCAUUUGUGAGGCCCAGAACGUGGGCCCCGGGGAGCCCCGCGACGUGUUUCUGAAGGUGGCCAGUGGUCCAAGCCCGGAGGUCAAGGACUUUUUUGUCACCAUUUACAGGGACCGCUGGCUGGCGACGCCUGUCCAGACCUGGCAGGUCCACCUCCACUCCCUGCAGCGCGUGGACGUCUCCUGUGUCACGGGCCAGCGCACCCGCCUGUCCCUUGUCCUUCGGGGGACCCAGUCGGUUAGGAAAGUGAAAGCUUUCAGCUCACACCCCCAGGAGCUGACGACGGACCCCAAAGGGGUCUUCGUGCUGCCGCCUCACGCGGUACAGGACCUGCACGUGGCCGUGAGGCCCCUCCGGCCCGGCAGCCGGUUCGUGCACCUCAACCUGGUUGACGUGGAUGCCCACCAGCUGGUGGCCUCGUGGCUCGUGUGCCUCUCCUGCCGCCUGCCUCUCAUCUCCAAGGCCUUCGAAAUCACGCUGGCUGCGGGGGGAGCAAAGGGCGCCCACAAACGCAUCACCUACACCAACCCCUACCCGACGCGGAGGGCCUACCGCCUGUGCAGUGACCACCCCGACCUGCUGCGCUUCCAGGAGGACGCCUUCCAGGUCGGAGGAGGAGAGACCUACACCAUCGGCCUGCGGUUCGUGCCCCGUCAGCGGGCCGGGGAGGAGGAGAUUCUGGUCUACAUCAACGACCGCGAGGACAAAACCGAGGAGGCCUUCUGCGUGAAAGUCUCCUACCAGUGAAGGCCGCCCGGUGCCGACUCGGCGCCCCCGCCUCUGCCGUGGGUUCCCGGUGCCCAGGCCAGUGGGGCCGCUGCCGGUGCCAGGCGCGUGGCAGGCCCCGUCAGGCCCGAAGGCCCGUCCCUCCCCGAGGCACCAGGGCAGUUGUCACCCCCGAUGACAUUAGGGUUUGCUUUCAGCGAAAUGUAUUUCAGGAAUCUUUUUAAAUGACAAAAUUAUGUUUUUUUUACUGAGUUUUGUACAAACCGUAUUAUUUGCUACGUAAUAUUUUAUACUGGUAUUCAUAUUUUUUCAAAAAGUUGUAUGAAAUAUUAAAUUUU